AUGAAAUCCUAUCUAUUCCUGAGUUUAAUACUUCUAUUGAUGAAUGAAGUUGAGUCAGCUCCGGAAAAAAUCGUGAAACGCGACGAGGAGACAAAUGAAAUCGAUGCGCUGAUUGGAGAAGUUGAAGCUGCUGCAUCGACUGUCUCCUCGAUGUCAAAUCAAGUUAAAGAAAGGCUAAACCAGCUUAAAGCCGAAGCGCUCCGAGAAGCAAAUCAUACGGCAAAUAGUAUCGUCUCUCGUUCAUGCACAGCUGCUGAUUGCAAUGAACGAGGCUCUUGUUUGGGCACACUCGAGAAUUACGUUUGUUUCUGUCAAAUUGGAUACUCUGGGAAAUUCUGUGAAGAUGCCGUUUGUGAUUCGAAUCGAGACUGCAAUGGGAGAGGGCUUUGCUUGGGGACGGUGAACCACCUGACUUGUCUCUGCAAUCUCGGCUUCACUGGAUCUCGUUGUGAAACAUUAAUCGCUAAAAUUUCC